AUUAUAAUUUUUCCUACCUCUAUUUGGUGGCUUAAAUAAAGUAAAUAUACCAUGGCUGGACACGAUCGCCUGAUCAUAUUCCCCUCACGGGCCAACGAGGUGCAAAUCAAGCAGCGGAUUGCAGCCGCCAAGCGUGGUAUGGGCCUGUUGAAGCGUAAGCGGGACGCAAUCGAUAUUAAGCUGCGAGAGCUAAAGCGUCUGAUGGCCGAAAAGGAGGAGGAAGUGGAUUAUAAAAUGCGCAAUGCGAUCUUCUCAAUAACCAAGGCCAAUCUAAUAGGAACCGACUUCAAUCCAGCUUAUGUGACCGACACCCAUCUGGCAACGACUACCAUAACGAAACGACAACAGAAAAUUGUGGGCAUCACGAUGCACUACUUUGAACUAGAAUUUAGUCCAGUUGCCGCAUAUCCCCUCACUGGCUUAGGCUGUGGCGGCCAGCACGUGCAGAUUGUGCGCACACGAUUCCAGGAAGUGCUAACCGAUCUGGUAGCCUUCGCGUCGUUGGAGUACAUGGUGCGUAUGAUGAUGUAUGCCUCGCGUCAAACCAACAUGCGUGUGAACGCAUUGGAUCACGUGGUCAUACCGCGGUUCAUUAACACACAUGCCUACAUAUGCGGAGAGCUGGAAGAGUUCGAGCGCGAGGAGUUCUAUCGUCUGAAGCGGUCGCAGGUUAAACAGCUGGAGGCGAAGAUCGCCUUUACCGAGAUUAUCAGAACCAAGAACAUGACGCCAGAAGAACUAGAAGCGUAUUUAAAGCGUGGCACCUAUGCCCAUCCGGUAGCCGAUGUGCAUUUCGAUUUAGACGACUUCGAUCGGGAUAAUGUAGAAGAUCGUGUGCGACAGGCACGUUUGCAACGUCAUCUGAAGCGCAUGGAAGAACAAGAACAAGCCCCAGAAGACAUUGAUGCCUUCCUAAAAAGAAGUAGCUCCUUCUCGCCCACCCCAAGCAUGGUAGAGUAUAUGGCAAGGGCACAAGUGCCAUAUGCAGCAGAGAUAAUUGCUGAAGCAAAGAAAAAGAAAGAGGAACAAAAAAAGAGGGCCGUAGAAAUGAGAAAAGCUGCAGAAAAGAAAAAUGCCGAACAAAGGAAGAGAGACGAAGAAAAGAAAGACGAUGAAGAAAAUGAUGAGCCACCACAAUAAACCUCCUAGCAAUGCUUUCAUAAUUAUUUAUUUAUGAUUGAAUGAAUGAAUUGUUAUUGUCAACAGUUAUGACCGAUGGCAUCGUGUUCUCUCACGUAGAAAUAACUGUCUCAAUAAAUUUGUCGUAGUUGGGAACGAUUUUUCUACUUUUCAGCCCCAGAUGAUAUUUGCUUUCUAAUAAAAGAAGAAUCUACCACUGUG